GAUUUAAAGUAAUGACAGGAUUUCUGUCCCUGAGUCAUGGCAGACAGAAGACCAGAGAAGGCAUGUGAACAAGCAUGUGAAUGCCUUAAGCAGCAGGAUUAUGAAGUGGCAGUGAAGCAUUGCACUGAGGCUCUCCUUUCCCUCAGCCAGUACCCCCCAGCUCACCUCCCGGAGCCCUGCCAGGCAGAACUCGACCGCAUCAAAAUCGAGACUCUUCUGUAUAGAAUUGCUUCCUUUUUACAACUUAAAAAGUAUGGGCAAGCAGAUGAAGACUGUAGGCAUGUGCUGGGAGAGGGGCUGGCCAAGGGCGAUGGAUCUCUGCGGGCAGUGCUCUGCUGCAUGCAUCUCAAAGGGAAGCUGCAAAUUGUGUCUAAUGUUCUUUCCAAAUCACUGAUGGGGGAAUCACUGAACGGGAUGGUAACUAAAGAUCUCACACGACUGAAAACACUUCUUGCUGAAACAGAGGCAGCUGGUAAAGUACCAUCAGGAUAUCAUGUAGAAGAUUUAGAAGAAGAUUUUUAGAGCAAGGGAUCUGCAGGUAUGGUGCCCAGUGUACUUCAGCACAUUCCCAGGAGGAGCUGACAGAGUGGCAGAAGCGCUACGCUUCCCGCCUGAUCCGCCUGAAACAGCAGAAGGAGAACAAGCAGUGCUCAGGCACUUACAUGGAAACCCUCAUUGAGAAAUGGAUGAAUUCCUUGUCUCCUGAGAAAGUGCUUAGUGAAUGUGUAGAAGGAGUGAGAGUAGAACAUAAUCCCGAGCUCUCAGUCACUGUCACCACCAAAAAGUCUCACCAGACAUGGACAUUUGCUCUCACAUGUAAGCCUGCCAGGAUGCUGUACCGAGUGGCAUUGCUGUACGAUGCCCAUCGGCCCCACUUCAGUAUCGUUGCAAUAUCUGCUGGAGACAGCACUACCCAGGUAUCCCAGGAGGUCCCAGAGAACUGUCAGGAAUGGAUAGGAGGGAAGAUGGUCCAGAAUGGAAUAGAUCACUAUAUAUACAAAGUCAGUAUAGCCUUUAACACAGAAAUCUUUGGGACUUUCCGCCAAACUGUGGUGUUUGACUUUGGAUUAGAGCCAGUCCUCAUGCAACGAGUGAUGAUUGAUGCUGCUUCCACUGAAGACCUCGAGUACCUGAUGCACGCGCGGCAGCAGCUCCUGACCACGGCCAAGCGCUGGGAUUCCACCUCCAAGACCAUUGUGGAGUUUGAGCCCAAUGAAACCACUGAGCUGGAGAGGAGCCUUCUGACCAGAUACCAAAUCCCUCUGUCUGCCGACCAGCUGUUCACACAAUCUGUCCUGGACAAAUCACUGACCAAGAGCAACUAUCAGUCCCGGCUCCAUGACCUCCUGUACAUCGAGGAGAUUGCACAGUAUAAGGAAGUUAGCAAGUUCAACAUAAAAGUGCAAUUGCAGAUUGUAGCAAGCUUCAUGCUCACUGGUGUUUCUGGAGGUGCAAAAUAUGCCCAAAAUGGACAACUUUUUGGCCGCUUUAAGCUCACUGAGACCCUCUCUGAAGACACUUUGGCUGGACGGCUGGUGAUGACCAAAGUCAAUGCUGUUUAUUUAUUGCCUGUCACUAAAGAAAAGUCAGCCCAGACCCAAGGAACCAAAGAGAAGGUUUAUGAAGCAGCUAUUGAGGAGAAAACAAAGGAUUAUAUCUUCUUGAGGGUCUCCAGGGAAUGCUGUGAGGAGCUGAAUCUUCGGGCAGAUUGUGAAAUGCAGGUUGAGCUCCAGUUCCAGCUGAACCGGUUGCCCCUGUGUGAGAUGCAUUAUGCCUUGGACAGGAUUAAGGACAACAGCAUUUUGUUUCCAGAUGUCAGCAUGACUCCCACCAUACCCUGGAGUCCCAACAGGCAAUGGGAUGAGCAGUUGGACCCCCGGCUGAACGCGAAGCAGAAAGAGGCUGUUCUGGCUAUCACCACCCCCCUCUCCAUCCAGCUGCCUCCUGUUCUUAUCAUCGGUCCCUAUGGGACAGGAAAAACCUUCACUCUGGCUCAGGCAGUCAAGCACAUCCUCCAGCAGCAGGACACCAGCAGGAUUCUCAUUUGCACCCAUUCUAAUAGUGCUGCUGAUCUCUACAUAAAGGAUUAUUUACAUCCCUAUGUAGAAGCAGGCAAUCCCCAGGCAAGACCUCUCAGGGUAUAUUUCCGAAAUCGCUGGGUAAAGACUGUUCACCCAGUUGUGCAUCAGUACUGUUUGAUUUCAAGCACACAUUCCACCUUCCAGAUGCCACAGAAAGAAGACAUUCUUAAGCAAAGAGUAGUAGUUGUUACUUUAAAUACAUCACAGUAUCUAUGUCAGCUGGAUCUUGAACCAGGGUUUUUUACACACAUUCUGUUAGAUGAAGCUGCUCAAGCUAUGGAGUGUGAAACGAUUAUGCCUCUGGCAUUAGCUAAUAAAAACACAAGAAUUGUCUUGGCUGGAGACCAUAUGCAGCUCAGUCCUUUUGUCUACAGUGAAUUUGCCAGGGAGAGAAAUCUCCACGUGUCCUUGCUGGACCGGCUCUACGAGCACUACCCUGCCGAGUUCCCGUGCAGGAUCCUGCUCUGUGAGAACUAUCGCUCCCAUGAAGCAAUCAUCAAUUACACAUCUGAACUUUUCUAUGAAGGCAAAUUGAUGGCAAGUGGAAAGCAGCCAGCACACAAAGAUUUCUACCCUUUGACUUUCUUCACAGCACGUGGAGAAGAUGUGCAAGAAAAAAAUAGUACAGCUUUUUACAAUAAUGCAGAGGUGUUUGAGGUGGUGGAGCGCGUGGAGGAGCUGAGGAGGAAGUGGCCGGUGGCCUGGGGCAAGCUGGACGAUGGCAGCAUCGGGGUGGUGACCCCGUACGCCGACCAGGUGUUCCGCAUCCGCGCCGAGCUGCGCAAGAAGCGCCUGUCGGACGUCAGCGUGGAGAGGGUGCUCAACGUGCAGGGAAAACAGUUCAGAGUUCUGUUCCUCAGCACAGUACGAACACGGCACACAUGCAAACAUAAGCAAACUCCAAUUAAAAGGAAAGAGCAGUUACUGGAGGAUUCCACAGAAGACUUGGAUUAUGGUUUUCUGUCUAAUUACAAACUUCUCAACACUGCCAUUACAAGAGCACAAUCCUUAGUAGCUGUGGUUGGAGAUCCUAUUGCUUUAUGUUCCAUUGGAAGAUGCAGGAAAUUCUGGGAAAGGUUCAUUGCCCUGUGCCACGAGAACGAAAGUCUGCACGGCAUCACGUUUGAGCAGAUCAAAGCUCAGCUGGAAGCUCUGGAGUUGAAGAAAACCUACGUGCUGAACCCGCUGGCCCCCGAGUUCAUCCCGCGCGCGCUGCGGCACCAGCACUCGGCCAACCCCAGCAAGCAGCAGCAGUCGCCUCCAAAGGGCAAGGUCCAUCAUCAUAACCAGAAUGAUCAUUUCCCACCUGAUGGAAUUGUUCAGCCCAAUCCUUCUGUUCUAAUUGGAAAUCCUAUCCGAGCAUACACUCCUCCCCCUCCUCCUCUGGGACCUCACCCCAACCUGGGGAAAUCUCCAAGUCCUGUUCAAAGGAUAGAUCCACACACUGGGACAAGUAUUCUCUAUGUACCUGCUGUCUAUGGAGGAAAUAUGGUCAUGUCUGUGCCUUUGCCUGUACCGUGGACGGGGUAUCAGGGUAGGUUUGCAGUCGACCCUCGCCUCAUUACUCACCAAGCAGCCAUGGCAUAUAACAUGAACCUGUUACAGGCACACGGGCGAGGGUCCCCGAUCCCCUACGGCCUGGGCCACCACUCCCCCGUUAGCAUAGGACAGCAGCAGCUCCCCCACCAGGACAAGGAGCAGCACGAGCAAACUCGAAAUGGUAAAAGUGAAAACACUGCUGGACCUGAAAUCAAUAAAAUUCGAACACCUGAGAAGAAACCUCUGGAAUCCAAGCAGGUUGAUUUAGAAGCAGCCCCUCAGCAGAGAAGCCCAGAGUCCCGUUCCAGUGUGGGUUACCCCAGUGCUAAAUUCCAUCGCAAGGACAACCCUGCCCCCAGGCAGCUGAACCUGCACCUGACCCCGCCCCACUCCCAGUUCGCGGUGCCCAGCCGCCACUUCCAGCACCUCUCCCAGAUCCCGAGGCAGCCCUACCCUCUGCAGCAGCAGCAGCAGCAGCAAAACCUCUUAAACCAACAGCAAAAUCACUUGCCUGAACAGCCCAACCAAAUGCCACCCCAGCAGAGCCAGGUAGUUCAGCAGCAUAAUCACUUGAAUCAGCAGCCUCCACCACCUUCGCAGCUUUCCCCUGCUUUCCAGGCAGGCCCCAGCCAGUCCUUUUUUAAUAAUCCCAUUCCCCACCGACCACAUUCUCCUGCUGUAGAUGCUGUGAUUUCAGAGCAACACCCCCCACCUCUGUUACAAGAAGUCAAUAAUCCUUUGAGGCCUAUUGCACAGCACAACCCAGUUCUGCCAACCCACUUGAACAACUUCAUUGAAGAGAAUCCAUCAGGAAUGCCCUUAGGGGACACUUUAGAUCGUAUGCAUGGAAAUGUAGCUUUGGAAACAAUAAGGCAGCAACAACAAGCCAGGUUACAGCAAUGGAAUGAACAUAAUGCCUAUCUCAGUCAAGGCACUAUUCCAUAUCAACACCAUCACCAUCCUCAUCUACCACAUCUUCCUCAGCAACCAAUUGGAUUACAUCAACAGCAGCAAGUUAGGGCAAACUGGAAACUUGCCAGUAAUACAGAAGAUGAAACAGAGGCAACAUAUUCAAGAUUCCAGGACCUGCUCCGGGAGCUGUCGCAGCGCGAUCCCAGCGAGAGCCGGGACGGCGCCGAAAUGCCGCCCCCGCAGUCGAGACUGUUGCAAUACAGACAAGUGCAGCCCCGGAGCCCACCAGCACUCCCUUCUCCUUCCUGCAACUCCAACCACUUCCCCACCUUCACUGAGAACAGCAGAGACAUUGAACUGCCCACUAACCCAGCAUUUCAGCAGCAUUUACCCCAAAUGUACAACCCCCCUUUCUCAAUGCCAUCCGAACACAUAACCCCGUCUCCCUUGAAAUACCUGCAACCUGAUGGGUCCUGGACUUAUGCUAACCUGCAGCAGAAUCACCUCCUGGGGCAGGGCUUUCACUAUGGAAUACCUCCACUGCCCCACAGGUCGCAGCAAAGCCCUUUUAUACAAAUCCAGAAUCAUCAGCACGCAGUCGGUCAGGAGCCAUUUCAUCCACUCGCAUCUCGAGCAGUUUCUGCUUCUUCGCUCCACAGCUUAGAAGAGUAUGAACCAAGAGGACCAGGCAGGCCGUUGUACCAAAGAAGAAUUUCCUCUAGUUCAGUCCAGGCUUGUUCUGAAGAAUUAAGCACUCCUCAAGACAGUCUUGGUCAGUGUAAAGAGCUUCAGGACCACAGUACCCAGUCAUCGUUCAACUACUCCUCCCCUGAGCUGUGGGUGAACUCCUCCUCCUCUGCCCCGUACCCGAACAUUCCAUGCAACGGAGCCAGCAGGGCCGUUCCCCCCCGGGAGCUGCUAGCUCCCCCGAAGGCGGCCAAGCCCCCGGAGGAACACCUGAAGGCUGAGAACAUCCAGCUCUCCAACUCCUUCAACUACAACGUGCUCCAGCACCUGGGCCAGUUCCCCCCUCUGAUGCCCAACAAGCAGCUGGUGGAGUCCAACAGCAGCAGCCCCCAGCCCGCGGGCGGCACCAAACCCGUCAUGUCCUACGCCAGCGCCCUGCGGGCUCCCCCCAAGCCCAAACCCCCUCCUGAGCAGACAAAAAAGAACAGCGACCCCCUGUCCUUGUUUCAGGAACUUAGCCUAGGUAGUUCAUCAGGUAGCAAUGGCUUUUACUCCUAUUUUAAAUAAUCAGAUUAUUUUUUUUAGAGAGAAUUUAAUUUUUAUUUGUGUCGGUAGAUCUAAGAUAGUUGGGGCUUCACCUGUAGUUGCAAAUAUUCCCUUUGUUUAUAUUGGUAAAUAUAUCCUCACUUAAUUGCUUUGCUGCUAGACUUGCAACUAAUUUUUUUUUUUAAUUAUAUUCCAUUAUUUUGCAUUUUUUGAUGUGGGUCGGGUUUUUGGAAGCUUUUCUGUAGGAAGACACACACGUGUUAUUUUUUAAUUUGUGUAAUGUUAAUGAUAUGUUGCAUUAAACUAGCAGCUGAGAGAUUACCUGUACAACUUGAAAAAAGGAAAAAAAAAAAAGGAAAAAGAAAAAAAAAAGAAAAAAAAAAGUUUGUCUAAAUUGUAUUUAAGAAGAUUGUAAGUAGCAUUUACAUUUAUUCAAUAACAUUAGCAUACUAUGCUGGGUUUCUGUACCAGAAAUGGCCAGUUAAUGUAAAAAUGUAUGUUAUUUCUGCUUAAAUUCAUUUAAUUUUUUUUUUUUAAUAAAGGUGCAGCAUCUUCUAAAUAAUUUCAGUUUUAUCAGCUUUUUUGUGAAGGGAUGCUGCAUUCUCAGACUUUUAUAGUUUUAGAUUCUGUAUGAUGUGGUAUUGUAUUUUCCAUCCACUGUAGGGUAAAGUAAAGGCAUUCUUUGCAGACACCUAUGCCAUUGUUUGGAAACAUUCAGAUAAAAGUAUUGGUAUACUUUGAAAAAAUAAUAAAAAAAUAGAAAAAAGAAGAAAAAAAAUUAACAAAAAACCCAAAAAAACUCUACAUUUUAUUUUUGGACAAGCUAAUAAUAUAAGCUUGUUUGAAAAGUUAAUUUGAUAGGUUUUUUAAAUGAAUCAUGAAGCUGAAAAUAAAUUUUUAGGUAUGUUGGUGCUUAGUAGAUUUAAUAACUAUUUUAAAAAAAAUGCGUGAAUUUAGUAAAAUACUUUUUUUUUUUUUUUUUUAUUUUUUUCCACUAUGCAUGUGUAAAUGUUUGUAAUCUGGCUUUUUCCUCCCCUCUUCUCCAGUGGUAUAAAGAAUUGUGCCGCUUUAAUUUUUUUUUUUUUCCGGUAAAACUUUUGGUACAUUAUUUGAUGUUUACAUUAAAAUGUGACAUUAUACAAGGAAAUUCAGAUAUUUUGCUAACUGUUUUGUUUGAGGAACAUCAUUAAAGAAGAGAUUUAAUGUUUGUCAAAGCUGUAUCCAAAUUAAUCGAAAUCUUCUGGGGAUCAGAGUGGUUACCAGGUUAUUUAUCUCCGUGAACCUGGCCCUUAAGGAAUCCAGUCUGA